UUUGUAACUGACAUCUGUAGUAAUGUCCCCCGAAAUAACAUUCUAUCAUUCAUUCAUCCUUUGAUGAAUUACGGCCUCAGGGUUUAUAGAUAUCUUGUCAAGGUCUUGCCACAUUAGUCAAACCGCUAAACAGUAUAAUUCCUGUACUUUAUCCUUUAUCAAGAUGAUCGAGCAAGCUAUCAUAUUUUGCCUCGCUUCAUGCUCCUGGAUAUGCAUUUUACGGGAUAUGAUACGUGUACGGUCCUCGUGGCAUUUCCCUGAAUACUGGGGGUACUGCGGCUCGACCGAGUCCCUUUUUCUGCCUCUCGGUGACUGUUCUACGAUCGCUUUUUGCAUCCGCAGCUCACUCUCAUCGCAAGAUAUGUUCCAUGUCCCUGGAAAGGAUAUCCUAUUCGAUAGCUAAGUGCUGUGGACUCAAUAUGAACAUCCUUUCGGGUGUUAUAGUAUUAUGGGUUUCUUUAUUGGAUACGAACUUUAAGCACCAGCGACGAAACAGGAGCUAGAAAGAUAUCGUGCCCAAGGAGAAUUGUGAUGGCCAAUGGAUUGGUGAGGUCUCAGUUAUGAUUGACGAUGAAUAAUAUCUGGUAUAUUGUGCUAUAUGACAGUAGGAGCCAACUCCCGGUUCUUCAAUGGGCUCAUCAGAAACUAUGCUUAAAUGGAAGCUAUGACCAAGCGCUAUGCAUUCGCUGCCUUAG